CACCGCCCCGCGCCCCCAGCGCCGACGACGUUGUUGGGAGGGAAGUUGGCCCCGCGGCAGCUGGGCUCGGCAGCUGUGCGGCGGUGGCGGGUCAGUUUGGAGCCGGUGGAGGCCGCCGCGGGGCUCCAGGAAGAUGUUACCGAGUACUUCAGUGAAUUCCCCAGUGCAGGGGAACGGGGUAUUGAGUUCCAGGGAUGCGGCCAGACACACAGCUGGAGCAAAACGCUACAAAUACCUGAGGAGGCUUUUUCGUUUCCGGCAGAUGGACUUUGAGUUUGCUGCCUGGCAGAUGCUCUACCUGUUCACUUCCCCACAGAGAGUUUAUAGAAACUUUCAUUACCGGAAGCAGACAAAGGAUCAGUGGGCCAGAGAUGACCCUGCUUUCUUGGUCCUGUUAAGUCUCUGGCUCUGUGUGUCCACUAUAGGAUUUGGCUUUGUGCUGGACAUGGGAUUUUUUGAGACGAUAAAGCUGCUCCUUUGGGUUGUAUUCAUAGACUGUGUAGGCGUCGGCCUUCUCAUAUCAACCUUAAUGUGGUUUAUCUCUAACAAGUAUUUAGUGAAACGGCAGAGCAGAGACUAUGAUGUGGAGUGGGGCUAUGCCUUCGAUGUGCAUCUGAACGCUUUUUACCCUCUCCUCGUCAUUCUGCAUUUUAUCCAGCUUUUUUUCAUCAACCAUGUCAUCCUAACGGACACAUUUAUUGGAUAUUUAGUUGGAAAUACCUUAUGGUUGGUUGCAGUUGGCUACUACAUCUACGUAACUUUCCUAGGAUACAGUGCACUGCCGUUUCUGAAAAACACAGUGAUUCUUCUUUACCCGUUUGCACCUCUCAUCCUGCUCUACGGACUGUCACUAGCGCUGGGCUGGAACUUCACCCACACACUGUGCUCCUUCUACAAGUACAGAGUGAAGUGAAACAGGGAGCCUCUUACAUCUUAGGUGCGUCAACAGUAUUGGUGAGGUGAUUUCUUGUGAAACUUGUAAAUAAACUAUCAUUGUAGAUAUCUUAAAGAUGUAAAGUUUGCAAAUUUGAAGAAAUAUAUAUGCUAACACCGUUAUCUAGUACGUUCCUUAAAACUAAUUAAAUGUACGUUUCUAUAAUAAAUAUUUUUUAAACUAAAGCAUGUAUUUUAUUCUGCACAGAGAAUAUAUGCAAAGUACUAAGGGCAUGCGGAAAAGAGAAAGGUAAAACUUUUUAAUAUGAAUUAUUUUUGAAAGUAUCCAUUUGGAGAACAUGGUAAUGUUUCCCCUUCUCCCCUCCCCCACUGUUACUGACAAGGUACAAAGUCCAGCCCCAUUUCUAAUGGGCUGCAUUUUAAACUUUUAUAUAAGUCACAGGAUCCUAGUGUAACCUUCAAAAGCCUCUACUUGUAAUUCAAAUAGGAAUCACUGUACUACAGGCUCCAAAUAUCAUUAACAGCCAUUGUUCAUGCAAAAAAAAAAAAAAAAAAUUAC